ACUCUACCCCCCUCCCCAACACACACGCACAUACAGAGAAGCUGGGCUUGCUAGUAUGAACUUGAAGACUCGCAGUACCAAAAUGCAUGUGUUACCUUGGGAUGCUCUAGGAUCAGAAUGCUUGAAAAGCCUGCAGGCUGCUUAGUCCUCCAAGACUGGGUUUUUUAAACCAAACAAGAAAAGAACAAGUUAUUCACUUUUUUUUUGUUCUUUCUUUUUUUCUUUUUUUUUUCCCCUUCUUUUUUUUUGUGCUUUGGAUAUUACUGAAAAAGGAGUCUCAGGGAUUCACACACUUGGACUUUACUGAAUCAGGCUGCAUCUGGCAAACAAUCUAGUCUUCAUUUUGGUUUGCCAGAGAUCAACCAGGAUUUUUCUGAUUAUAUCUUCUUUGGGAAAAGGAUGCAUGGCAUAGAAAGAAGGUCUAAGUGCCUGUCUGAGACUGUUUUACCGAACCUGGGAUAAAUGUUACUUCUCAAAGGUACUGUUGCGUGAUUUACCAUGGAAAAAUUGCUCUGCAGCAUCCUGGUGUUUGGAAUGGCUGUCAUGGUCAACGCUUGUCCCAAAUACUGUGUCUGUCAAAACCUGUCUGAGUCUCUGGGGACUUUGUGUCCCUCCAAGGGUCUCCUAUUUGUACCACUAGACAUAGAUCGAAGGACUGUUGAACUCCGACUCGGGGGCAACUUCAUUAUUAACAUCACACGACAGGAUUUUGCCAAUAUGUCUGGACUUGUUGACCUUACUUUGUCCAGAAACACCAUCAGUUACAUACAGCCCUACUCUUUCACUGACUUGGAGAGCCUUCGGUCUUUACAUCUGGACAGCAACAGGCUGCCUGACAUUGGAGAGGAUAUUUUGAGAGGCUUAAUUAACCUUCAGCAUUUGAUUUUAAACAACAACCAGCUAAGCAGCAUCUCUGAUGAAGCCUUUGAGGAUUUUUUGCUGACAUUGGAAGACUUAGACCUCUCCUACAAUAACCUCCGAAGCAUCCCCUGGGAAUCUAUAAGGAAGAUGAUAAACUUGCACCAGCUCAGUUUGGAUCAUAACCUGAUAGAUUAUAUUACAGAGGGGACGUUUGCAGAUCUUCAGAAAUUGGCCAGAUUGGAUCUAACAUCCAACAGACUUCAGAAGCUCCCCCCCGACCCUAUAUUUGCCAGAUCUCAAGUAAUUCCAUUAGCCGUUACCCCAUUUUCUCCACCUUUGUCUCUCAGCUUUGGGGGCAACCCACUACAUUGCAACUGCGAGCUACUGUGGCUAAGGCGACUUGACAGAGAUGACGAUAUGGAAACUUGUGCUUCUCCUCCAGGUCUAAAGGGAAGGUACUUCUGGUAUGUACGGGAGGAAGAAUUUGUUUGUGAGCCUCCUCUUAUUACACAACAUACCCACAAGUUGCUGGUUUUAGAAGGGCAAACCGCUACACUGAAAUGCAAAGCCAUUGGGGAUCCCAUUCCCAUUAUUCAUUGGGUGGCCCCCGAUGACCGUCUCAUCGGGAACUCUUCAAGGACAGCUGUCUAUGACAACGGCACCUUAGAUAUCCUCAUCACCACCUCCAAGGAUUAUGGGACUUUCACAUGCAUCGCAGCCAAUGCUGCUGGAGAGUCCACCGCAACGAUUGAGCUCUCAAUUGUUCAGCUCCCCCAUCUCAGCAAUGGCACAGGCCGAGCAGCCCCACCGAAAUCCAGGCUCUCGGACAUCACCAGCUCCAGCAAGUCUAAUCGCGGAGAAACAAAAGGCCCACCAGAAAGGGCUGUCCUGGUAUCAGAUGUGACCACUACCUCAGCUUUGGUCAAGUGGACGGUGAGCAAGUCAGCCCCUCGGGUGAAAAUGUAUCAACUGCAGUAUAAUUGCUCGGAUGAUGAAGUCCUGAUCUACAGGAUGAUUCCAGCUACAAACAAAGCCUUUGUUGUAAACAACCUUGUUUCUGGAACAGGCUAUGACCUCUGUGUCCUGGCAAUGUGGGAUGACACCGCCACGACCCUUACUGCCACCAAUAUUGUGGGAUGCGCCCAGUUCUUCACCAAAGAGGACUACCCUCAGUGCCAGUCGAUGCACAGCCAGUUCCUGGGUGGGACCAUGAUUCUGAUCAUUGGAGGCAUCAUUGUGGCAACUCUGCUGGUGUUCAUUGUAAUACUCAUGGUCCGCUAUAAGGUCUGCAACAAUUCCCAGGGGAAGAUGUCUAACGUCAGCAACGUCUACUCACAGACAAAUGGAGCACAACCGGUUCAGAACGGAGUCUUGCCCCAAGUCAAUCCCAAAGUGGUGGUGAGAAAUGAACUUAUGGAGUUUAACUGUCAGUCUGCGCGGAGCAGCAUCUCUUCUUCCUCCAGCUCUGCAAAUAGCCGCGACUGUGAUGACUAUAGCCUCCAAAGUGAACAGGGCACAUUGUCCAGUAAGUGGAGGCCUCCUUCCAGGUCAAAACACAAUAUUGACCGGCUAAUGGGAGCUUUUGCCUCCCUGGAACUGAAAUGUCAGAAAAAGGAGGAGAUGACAGACUCCAGAACUUCCACAGUGGCCCGCCACUCGGACAAAGAGCCACUGCUGGGCCAGCCGGAGUCCAAAUUUCGCAGCCUCCUCAUGUUGCCUCUGGAGGGCAAAACUAAGCGUAGCCAUUCUUUUGACAUGGGGGACUUCGCCACAUCUCAGUGUUGCACCUACCCAAAAAAGAUAACAAACAUUUGGACAAAGAGGAGCCUCUCGGUGAAUGGCAUGCUUUUGCAGUAUGAUGACAAUGACCUAACAGGGGCGAAAGGGACUUUCGGGAGCUCGGAGUGGGUAAUGGAAAGCACAGUGUAAAUAUCAGUGUCUCCCCCCCUCCUCUUCUCCCCUCAUGUGUUAUAAAGCGUGGUUUGCUGCAGGGCCAUGCGUUUGGAAAGAGAGGGGAAGAAACGUUUUCAGUUGUACUGGCCAAAAAGAUAAGUAAACAAAUAAGUAACAGGGAUACUAAAAGCGAAAGAAGGUCAUGAAAUGUGAAUAGGCACGUAUGGCACCAUUCUUGUCUGGCCCCAACUAAACCAUGCGUGAAUAUUUCAAGGAAUUUACUAGUUGUAUUUAGCAUUGCUUUCCAAAAGUUACUCAGACUCUUGGUGAACCGUCACACGGGAUUAAAUGAGGAUGAAAAGGGGUUUAACAGCACAAAUUUAAUUUUACAGGUUUUUUUUCUUUUUUUUUUUUUUUUGAGGGCACCUCUUUCUUUUCUUUUAACCACAGAAAUACACUUCUGUGUAUAUAAGACUGGUGCUAGGAUAAAUCUGGUUGUCAUUGCAAAUGACUUUCUCAAAAGUGCAGGCAGGGCAUCCACAGGGAGAGAUCAGAGCAAAUUGUUCAGCAUAAUCUCAUGGUGUUAACUGUGACAUCUGGGAAAAGAAUACUUGUUGUUGAGUGGGCUUUUGGUUGGGAUUUGAUGAUUUCUGUUCUGUUUUGCCUUGUUGCUGCUUUUGAGUUGUUUUUUCCCCACAGCAGAAAGUAUGUUUCAAUGCAUUUUUUGGUUUUCAGUCACAUCAAAUCCCCCAGAUGAAAAGGAGGAUAUGUACAAAGGUCAAAUUUCUGAUGUACUGUAUAACCCACCUCCAAUAAAACCCCUUUAUGUCCUAGGAAAAAUUAAAUCUAGGGGUUAAUAAAUUUUUAAAAAAUCACCCUCUUUCUUCCAUCUUCUUCAUAGUCUCUGCUUGUCAAUGCUCAAGGCAGAUUGCAGCACCUAUUGAUAUCUGUAGCGGUGUUGCUAUCAAAAAUGGGAAAAAUAGUAAUCAAGAUUGCCUAGUAAAGGAUAAAGAAAGGGAAAACAAAAGUAGCUCCCAUGAACUCUCCACAUCAUGAAUAUCAAUGGCUUCUGGCAAAAGUCACACUGUCACUCUGUUCAACUGACAAAGAAAACACAAACUUUCACCCUAUUGUGACAAAAGCUCUUUGUCUGUACAGUCGCCAUGACAUGGCUCGACUGGAUCAGUAGCAUCACAGGAAAUGUAAGUUUUUGUGUAUUUCAGGGGAUUGGAUAUGUUCCAGAUUAGCUACGGAAACCAAGUUCAAUGUGAGUGUCUCAGAGCAGGGGGUCUCCCAUGUGUCCCCUGCGUUACAGAUAGCCUUUCCCCCAUCCCCAGUGUCCUCCUGCCCCCCUCUUCUCUCACCCUCAUGGAGGUACUUGCUCACUAACAGGAACUCUUUAGGGCUUGUAAACUGAUUCUCAAAUUCGUUUUUGGGGAGCAUUGCUGUGGUUGUGGAAAUGCACAUGGCCCACCCAGCUGACGUCAUUGUCCUUGAAAACUUUACUGUGAUUUCCAGCAUUCUGGUGGCUACUGCAACUGUCCUUUCAUCUGUUUAUUUAUUUGCUGGCUUCCAAUGAUCAGCUGCUGGGAACCAUUCUGAAAUUGCACAUUGUUACUACGAUUUUGUAAAAGAGAUGUGGAGAAAGGGUGCAAGGCACAGAGAAAAUAACACAUGAAAAAACUCUAUGUAUAUUUUUUUUUAAAGGUGCAGAAAUAUAUUGUGACAUGGCUGUGUACUUGAUCUUGUAUUCGUCACGUUUCCUACUUGGAGUUUUAGAAAAUGACAUCCCUGUGAUCAGAAUAUUUUUCCUUUAUUUUCUUUUUUUUGCUACAAAAUGUACAGUAAAAAACAUUCUUGGGGAAAAGAAAAGUACCUGCUUUUCAUUUAUUUGAUGUUCUGUGGUCCGCUUUGAAACCUAAGUAAGGAGCAGUAAUUAUUUUUUAAAUUAUGUUGAAAAUGGAGAUGUUUGCUUUCCCUUUCCCUCACACUGUCUUUCAUUUCACGAAUUUAGGUAUGAAGUGGGAAUCAAGAAAUACAGACCUUUUUGGAAUGCAUGAGAAAAAAUCUAGUAAAAAGGCAUUUAACUUAUUUUUCAGUUUUUACAUUUAUGCAGAUCUAUAUCACUAAUGUAUUCUAAACCCUGAUCCAAAAUCUGCAGAAAUAAGAGGAAGCCUUUUUAGGCUUAGGAUCUGACUUUGUAGGUUUUUGCUCUGAUUAUUGUUCACAGCCAACAUUAAGAUAUUCAAAAGAGAUCUAGUCAAACUUUGUUUGCAACAUCUUUCAAAGUCUCUGGUUUCCUCAUGCUUUCCAAGAGGAAUGACACCUCUAGUGCCAGAAUCUACGUCAUUCAACUGUCCAGAUGGCACAUUCAUGUUAACCAUUAGCGAUAUUUACAUUUAUGUGUUACUGAAGACUCUUAAAGACGUUCAUGUAAUUAUUUUCUUUUCCUUGUUACGCUGUGGUGUGGUUGGACUUCUUUAUUAUGUUGCUGCUUCACUUUGAACGUGACAUCUGAGUGGUUUUUAAUCUAGCCAUUGAGUUAACCAUCAAUAUUAGUAGCAUAUGCAGCCUUGAAUUUUCAAAAGCAAUAUCCUAUCCUAUUUUCUUUAUUAAAAAGGAAAACAUUUCUUUCACUUUCUCAUACAAGAUUAGAGCAAGUUAGCCAACAGACGCUGUUUUAAAAUAAUGGAUAGCUGCCAAAGAACCCAAGUAAUGAAAUCCACAAUCUAACAGCUGCAUUUAUUACUGUUAAUCGUGAUUUUAGUUCAUUUAGCUUUAAUGAAUGAAGCUCAAUCCACAUCAGCAAAUUAGCAAAUACUGAGCAAAAUUAAAUGAGUGCCCAGUAAUUUCUUUUGGUGCUCACAGCGUUUGGGAGAGGAAGAGGACUCAGGGACUCAUAGGUCCCUGAGUCAGCGAGUGGCCAGCCCUGAGAGAGGGAUGGAGCCAGCCCGGUGCGGUGGUGCCAGCGCCUGGGCACCAGCUGGGUUGUGGUCAUCCACCAGGUGCCACCAGCCACUGCCCUGCUUACACAGCCAGCCAAAUAGACUUCUGAAAUUAUCCCAUGGCUCCCCCUUUAUCACUUUGAGAGCUGCUAAAAACAGCUCUGUCUUUUGGGUUACAUCCUGAAUCCAUGCCCUAAUUGCUAAUGCACAAGUGUGACUCCAGGGUCCUCCACGUGCAAUCUGACCAAUUUCUACCUUGCCUUUGUUUUGCCUCCAUUUUCAUGUGUGCACCUCACACAGCAUCUCUGGAUUUGGUAUUUUUUUCUGUGUCCUAGGGAUUCUUCCUUGUUCCACUUCUGAGCGCAACUGCACAUCGGUGGCUGGUGAAAUGAUAUACAGAUAUCCACUUACCUGGGUGUAAUAAAUAUUUUCACACAUCAUCGAGGAGUUGAGCUAGCUCCAGUGGCCAAGUCCCCUCAUCUCACAACCCUACACCAAGAAAUUUAUACAGACCUCAAGUAACUGUGCUGCCUCAUAAAUUAACGUGUGGUAGUGUGAUGUGCAGCUGUACCAGCUGUGCUUUAGAUGCACGUGUCAGGUAGAGCAGGCAGUCAGAAGGACAACAGAGAUCAAUAAGAGCAUUCUGAAAGAGAAGCCUGGGAAAUUAAAGGUGCUGCAGAAUUUAAAGUGAAGCCUGUGGGAAUAAUAAAGACAACUG